AGUGCGACGCGGUAUCUCUCGGGAUAAAGUUAGGUGAGUGCGGAAGUUAUUCCGUCGAGCACAGCCGUGCUCAUUAAUUCCCUACAUUCAACAGGUUACCGGGGUUUUAGAGAAACUUUGUUAAGAUUAUAUCAUGCCUAAUCGUCACAUUCAAAUAAUUUUGGAAAAACAAGAUAGAGAAUUACUGCUGGCGGAACAAAAUUGUACAGUUUUAUAUGGUUUAGAUGUUAAAAACAAACAUCAGUCUCCUUAUUUCAACAAAACAACAAGAAAUGUGAUGUGCCAACCUUUUUGGGAUUCCAUUUUAUGUUGGCCUUACACACCUGCAGGAGAAACAGCUAUUUUACCAUGCCCUUCAUACUUUACAGGCUUCAGAGAGAAUUAUAAUGCAACAAGAACUUGUACAGAAAAUGGAACGUGGUUUGUAAAUAAUGUGACUCAUGAACCGUGGGGAGAUUAUACGCAUUGUUCUGAAGGCAAAAUCACUACAAUUUUUACCAAUCUGGCACACCAUGAAUCUGAUCUCUCCGAAAGGUACAAAACUUUGGUACCAAUCAUCAAAAUACUUUCACAAACAGGAUAUGCUGUAUCAUUAGUAACAUUAAUUGCAGCGUUUAUUAUAAUGUCUUCAAUAAAAAAGCUACAUUGUGCACGAAACAUCCUCCACAUGAAUCUCUUCGCUUCAUUUAUUUUUCGCGCAUUUUUUCACAUUUUAAAGGAAUUGUUAUUUGUUGCCGGAGUAGGAUUGUCAAUUGAUUUUAGUGAGAAAAACGGAGACUUGUAUUUCAAAACAGAUAUAACGGAUAAUAACUAUCAAUGUAAAUUACUUACAUCUUUAGUACAAUAUUUUACCACAGCAAAUUAUUCGUGGAUAUUAAUGGAAGGACUGUAUUUGAAUAAUUUGAUUUGGAGAGCAUUAUUUACAGAUUCAAGUAGGAAUCUAGUUUAUUACAUUUGUAUUGGAUGGGGUUUGCCUAUCGCUGUAAUUAUACCUUGGAUAAUAGCUAGAAUAUUUCUUGAUGACACCAUGUGUUGGACCACAAAUGAUAAUUUGAAAGCGUAUUUAAUCAUUGUAAUUCCCACAAUUGUAGCAGUACUGAUAAACUUUGCCCUAUUUAUAGUGAUCUCCAUAGUACUUUUCACAAAGCUACGUUCACCUAUUUGCGAAGACACGAAAAGAUACCAGAGAUGGGCUAGAUCCACUUUGGUAUUAGUACCCUUGUUUGGAGUACAUUAUGCUAUAUUGUUAAUCUUCUAUUUUACUGGAAAAACGGAUAUAUGGUUAAUUUGCGAUUCACUUUUUGGAAGUUUUCAGGGAUUAUUUGUCGCCGUGCUCUACUGUUUCAUGAAUGGAGAGGUUAAAACUGAGCUGAAACCACACAUCUUUAAUAUUUUAAGCUAUUUAGCUACGCAUAGAGUAUUUGGAAUUUGUUUUCCUUGUCGAGAAAAAUUUUUAAGAUCAGCAGUAGGGAGACAAUCAGUUUGCACGACUUUAUCGUAUAGUUCUAUGUACUUUAAUGGUGUCGGCCAUAGAAAUAGCAAAUCUAAAUAUACUGACAAAAGUAAAGGUCAUUGCUGCACCGGUAGUAAACAAACUGUAACUACAAAGAAUGGUACGAAGCACAAUAUGUCGAUUACGGGAGAUAAAUGUCAGGCUGAAACGUCUCUUUGUAUAGAUCCACGGACUAAUAAAUGCAUCGAGCCGUGUGCAACCGAUGAAGAAAUCUGCAUGUUAGCAAGAAGUUGUUGAAUAUUUCUGAGGAACCUUUUGAUUAUCUUACAGGGUGUAAUUUUAUACUUAUUAUAUAAGUUUCCGAGAAACGAAGCCUUGUGUCAUCAUGUGAUAAAGAAAAAAAAAGAAGACGAAUAUGACUGGGCUAGAACGAUAGUUGUAUAACUACUUUUGCAAAUGUACAUUUUUCACUAGAAGAAAUACCAGAAAUGGAAGAAAACUACAUUUAGCUACGGAUUCGAAGGUCUUUUUAGAGACUGUACUAGAUAGGAUAUUGUCAGUGGGUUUCUCAUGCCUAUACGAAAAGUAACGGAUAGAGUUUUUGUUGUUCAGACUAUUGCGAAACUUAAGAUGACGCUCAAAAAUUUGAGAAUUUCUAUGAAGGGUCGAAGCGCCAUUUUCAAAUCAUCUCGUUUAUUAAUUUAAGAAAUAAAAAAGCCACGUUUGUCAAUUUUCGUUUUCCUACAAUGUCUAUUUGUAUUUUCCUUUUCAGAUCGUCUCCGUAUUGCUUGCGAGCGCUAAUGUGAACAUUUAUUAAACUACUAAUUUUCGCUUUCAUACGAACCCCAAUAAGAAAGAGUUCUACUUAUCUCUGCCCUCCAUAAUUCAGACUCUGAUUUGAAAUCUGAUCGUCUUAUUUAUCACUAGAACUCCAUUCAGCUCAAUCAUUUAAGCGAAUUAAUUCAUAUAUUAUAUUUUUUUAUUACUAAUUGUUAUACAAGUAAAUGGGCAGCGAAGUGUUACUAGCUUUGUGAGGAACUUUUAAAACAUUUUUAAAUUUAAUUCAAUAAAAAUUUUAGGUUCUUUAAACAACACAUCAUUCAAGUGAUGUCUCUCAAUGUCUAUUUACUGCUGUAGUCUGUUUCUGAAGUUCGUUAGUUGUUUGUUACAACUUAAGGUAAAACGUAUGCUCCUUGAGUCUUCGGUCGGGAUUGAAAUAUUUCAAUUUUCACCCCAUGCAAAAUCGCAAAAAGUUAACGCGUUGAUCCCCAACCAAAAUUGAUAAACCUUCCCCUGGACCCAAAAAUUUUUUUGUGUUUUUACACUCCAUAUGGGGUGUGUAUCCAAGGAAAAAUUUAUUUGAAAGAAAAAUUACGAGAAAAUGAUGCUCUUUGUGUGCGGUCCAUAGGGUCUCUAUGGGCCAGAGGUAAAGUUUAGCGCUAAAAAUUCAUCCAGGCCCCAAAGAGGUCAUUUUUGCACUUUUUAUUCAAAAUAAAGUUAUUCAAUAUAUUAUCUUGAAGUUACACCCUACUCGCAGAAUGAAAAAAAAAAUUUAUUUGCAUUUUUAUCCCUUGAACGAUGAUUUAUACUUUUAUGUAAAGUGUACAAAAAUGAACGAUAUGUUUUGAAAAAUAUUAUAUACGAUCAAAGUGAUGUAAAAGUAGCACAAAUUAAAGAUUUAGUCACAUAUUAUUUGAAUUAUGUUGAAGAAAACAAAAAAAAUAUGAAAAGUGAGGUUUUCUGCUUUACAAUGAAGUUGCAGAUCAUGAAAAAAAAUCAAAUGGACCAAGUGUAUGAUAAUGUUUCAAGGACCCAGGAUGGUUUAAUCAAACUGUGAAAAACAUUUAAAUACGGUCUCUUGAGCCGUGGAUUAGGUUUGCAAUGAAAUACGUCUUGCAGUCCAUAGGACCGGUCUGGGCUAUGAGGAGAGUUCAGUUGCGGGCCUAUGAACCGCAUUGGGGCUCAACGUGUUAAAUCCGGCGAGCACGUGUACCAUGGAAUGUUAUUAAAUCGGGAGAUCAAUUACCCGGGGAACAUUUCACCUAGAAUUUCUAGCAGUACCUACGUGCUGUGGCAAACAUACUAUUCCCAAUUUAUUUUGUUGUUAUUCAAGAAAUUAUUAAAUUUUGUUGAUACAUAGAUGGUCCCAAUUAAAGACAAGAGGAUCAAUUUAAUCUUGAAUAUAAAUUACAAACCAAAUUGUGUCUUUCCUACUGUUUAUAGUUUUUCAUCAACUACCCCAUGUUUUGCACCACUACAGUAAUGCAUAUUCUACUUGUUUGUAACUCCAAAAAGAUGAAUUUGCUCCUCCUCACUAAACAAAUCACUUGGGUCAUGAAGCAAAUCAACAGUGAGAAUUUCACAUAUGCUUAGUGCCAGUCCCGUUGGGUGAGUUCUUGAACAAUGACCUUUUUUUUUGGUUGGGAGUGAAAUAUCUGAUGAAGUCAGUCAGUCGGUCAAUCAAUGAAAAUCUGAACUGAAGAAAUUUUGAUAGUUUUAAUUGAACAAGGCAAUGAACUGGCAAAAAGUAUAGCAAGAUUGAUCAUACAUAUUUUUAAUUUAUGACCUUCAUAUUUUUCAGUGGUCAUAAUCUAUUCAAAAACAUUCUUAAUGAGAAUUAUAGACUAAUUGUAUUGGGAAAUGAGCCCAAAGAUUUACUAUAAAUAUAAAAUGAAAAAGGUACUAUAGCAUGUUAUCAAAAAACAUUCAAAUUGUACCUAAAAUAUCCUAAGGUAAAAUAAAAACCCAAAAUUUGUCAAAUUUAAAAGAUACUUAUAGAAUAAGAGCACAAUUUGAAGAACUGAGAGAUUCGUUGGAUAGAAUUUGGUUAGUAAGGAAAAUUUUUAUAGGAGGAGAGUUUGUUGGAGUCGGUCCUGAUAUAGGAAUUGCUCCUCUGCAGGGCUGGGGUUGUAUUUGCUAACUUUUUUGAAGGAGGAAAAUCGAAUAUUAAGAAUUUUUGGCUCUGGGUUUUUUUGAAAAAUUUUAUUUUUGGAAAAAAAUUUUGUUUAUUGUUUAUUUUAAAUUUAAAAGAGCACCGUCGAUUUGAAGAAACAGAACAAAUUUAUACAAGAUAAUGUUGAUGGGACAAAAUAAUUAAUUGGCAAAAAUUACAGCAAGAUUAUUGAUAAAUAUUUUUUAAUUAUGACUUUCAUAUUUUUCAGUGGUUAUGUCCUUUUCAAAAACAUUGUGAAAAAGAAUUAUUGUAAUAAGAAAAAGGGUCAAAAGUUUAGUAAAUAUAAAAUAAAAUACUACAGCAUGUCAUCAAAAAAUAUUCAAAUUGUACCUAAAAUAUGUGGUAAAUUUGUAGAAACCCAAUAGUUUCCGAUUUACAAGUUACUUGAAACGUGAAAAAAAUUUGAAUAACUGUAAUAAUUGUAAUGUUAUUUCUACAACCAGCCUUACUAUUUUGAGACCAAAAAUAAUUACGUUUAUUUUUCAGCAGUUUGUCUUUCGGGUACUGUAAAUGAUGAUAAUUAAUUCAGACAUUAAAUAUUAAAGGCAAGAAAAACAGGCGAGUGAAAUAUGUCUGGAAUAUUGUUUAGAAUUGAAUUAAAUUUUAAAUAUUCACUGAUUUCUGUUAAAAAUUUAAUGUGAUAUUAAAUAUAAUAGGAAAUAAGUUUGUAUAUUUGCAUUUAUGUAAAUAUUUCAGAGUAUCGGAUGUAUCAUUCCAAUUUAUUGACUUUCAGUAUUUUUUUAUACUAAAAGUUGAACCAUUUUGACAAAAAUAAAAUUUUAAUGUAAGUUACUAAUGUCUAUUUAUGAAUAAGAAUUUUUUGUUUGGUGUUUAAAUAAUAAAGAUGUUUUUAUUAA